AUAUGUGGAUAUUUUCUUCGCUUUGUGCUGUUUUAAUUAUUUUGGCUAUGGAUGAUGUGGACACAGAAGCAAAGACCACACCAUACACCAAAUUUACGAAGAAAUCUGAAGGAAAAGAGACACUGAAGGUCUUAAAGCCAUCCAGUGGUUUCUCUCUGGAUGAAGAAGAAACCCUCUACACAGAAAUGACUGCCAAGGCAGAGCCCACCACCGGCUUCCCCGCCUCGGCAAUGGCAGACCCCACCACUGGCCCCUCUGCCUCCACCACAACCCGUCUCCUUCCCUUUGAGAGCUUCUCUCUGGACACAGCUGAUUUCGUUUUGAAUUGCUGCCAUUGUUGUUCAUUUGUCACUGGACAGAAAGGAGAACCCGGAACGAUGGGAAAACAAGGCCCUAAAGGAGAGACUGGUAACACUGGCAGCCCAGGACACCCAGGAAUCACUGGACCCCAAGGCCCCAAAGGCCAGAAAGGAGAGAAAGGACUAAAGGGAGACCGGGGGGACCAAGGAGCAGGUGGCAUUCCAGGGUACCCAGGAAAGCCAGGAGAGCAAGGUGCACUUGGUCCCAAGGGAGAUAAAGGAAACAUAGGCCCAACAGGAACGAAAGGACAAAAAGGCUCCAAGGGGGAACUGUGUGGGAAUGGCACCAAAGGAGAGAAAGGGGAUCCUGGGGCCUCUGGGGCCCAUGGCUUCAUUGGAGAGCCUGGGGCCAAGGGCGAGAAGGGUGGUGUCGGGGAGAAAGGCUACCGUGGGGACUUGGGGGAGAGGGGAGAAAAAGGGCAGAAAGGAGAGAAAGGGAUGGAGGGAGAGAAAGGUAGCAGAGGAGAUGUUGGGGCAGAAGGCAAAAGGGGUUCAGAUGGUCUAUCAGGGCUCAGAGGCGAUCCAGGCCCUAAAGGAGAAAAAGGAGAGAUCGGUUCUCCUGGACCUGCCGGGCCGAAGGGUGAGCUUGGGAGCAAAGGCAUUCGAGGGCCAACGGGGAAGAAGGGCUCACGGGGUGUCAAGGGUUCCAAAGGCGAGGCCACUCAAGUCCCACAGUCGGCUUUCAGUGCCCUUUUAUCCAAGCCUUUCCCUCCCCCCAACAUCCCCAUCAAGUUUGACAAGAUUCUCUCCAAUGACCAAGGGGAUUAUAGCCCUGUCACUGGGAAAUUUAACUGUAGUGUUCCUGGCACAUACAUUUUUUCCUAUCACGUCACUGUCAGGGGUCGACCUGCUCGAAUCAGCCUGGUGGCCCGCAACAGGAAGCAGUUCAAGUCUAGAGAGACACUCUAUGGCCAGCAAGUAGAUCAGGCCUCCCUCCUCCUCAUUCUGAAAUUGAGUGCAGGAGAUCAAGUAUGGCUGGAAGUGUCAAAGGACUGGAACGGGCUGUAUGUCGGCCCUGAGGAUGACAGCAUUUUUAGUGGGUUCCUUCUGUACCCAGAGGAAACUUUUAGAAAGUCACCAUAAAUUUGAAUUUUGUACACUGCACUUUUGAUUUAUUCUAUUAACCUGGUGUAAGGCUCUUAAAAACUUUGAUUUUUUUCAUGAUUAUAGGUAAAGUACUGAAACAUUUAAAAAAUGUACAACACAGAGUUCAACCACUCCUAUUUCAAAGUAUCUCCAUUGAAAUAUUUAUAUGUAUUUGAGAAUAUGUAUAUUAAGUUUGUAGCUAAUAUUUUUCAUUUAGCUUUUAAUGGCAUUACUGAUUCCAUUUAAGGAAUUAAUAAUGGCAACAUUCAAAGCUAUGAAUGAAACUUAUGAUUAGUAAUUGUGUGGUGAUUUGAAUAAGAAUGGCACCCAUAGGUUCAUAUAUCUUUGAAUGUUUGGUUGCAGGGAGUGGAACUGUUUGAAAGGAUUAGGAGGUAUGGCCUUGUUGGAGUAGGAGUGGCUUUGUUGGAGGAAGUGUGUCACUAGGGGUGGGCUUUGAGAUUU